GAGAAUAUAAAUUCCCAUUAUAUCAUUCUGAAACUUAAACUAUCAAAACACAAAAUCAAUCCUUGCACGAAGCUAGGAUCGAACACACGAACUUGAUCUUUGCAGACGAACUGCAAAAAUCAACCUCGCUGUUCUUUUCUAUAUUCCCAUACACUUUUGCUUCGCCACUAAAGUUUUAAAAUUUUCACAUAAAAUCCAUUUUUGUUGGUCCCAGAACACUACUAUUGAAAACUAGCGACAUGUUUGAAAUCAGCAUGUCGAGCUGCAUUGAGUUAUAGAUAAACAAGAAAAUUCCAGUGAAAACAGUCAGAAAAGGGCUCCCUGAUGGAUUUUGGACAAAAUGAAUUUUUAUUUGAAAACAAGUAUUUUUUCUGUCAGGUAUGGUGAAAUAUGAAGAAAGAACCACACUAGCCACAAAAAUGCUCGAUCAGUUGGCCGAAACCGGGCUAUUUUCCAGUACAAUCGCUGCUAAAAAUAUUUUCACCAGUUUGAGAAAAACGCAUUCUACUCUUUUGCUUCGGUAACCUUCGCUGCACCGAAUAUCGCUUGAUGCAAAAGUAAUGGAGUAAAAUGUUUAGCUCUACUGUAUCAGAACCAGCUAUGAUAUAAACUUCAUUUGCUCAUCACUGGAUAGAUCGUGGUUUAUACUUCAAAAGAGUAUAUCCUGAAUAACUUUCCGCAUGGUCUGUACUGUUGAAAACUCAGUUUCUAAAAUCACUAAAAAUCGGUUGCAACUUCCACACAAAAGUAGGACUGCAGUCCUACUUGUCCUACGCCAUGGCGUCAGUUUCGUAAUAAUUGAAAUUACAAUAACCUGGCGCUGGAAAUGUGAAAAAAGAUUAUUUUUAUUGCAGUUUUUAACGUACCGAAAAAUGUGGAAAUGAAAAAAAUUUCCUUUUUGAAAAUUUUCUAGUAUAUUGAUAUUUUUGCUUUGUUACAACCGGUUUUUAGUGAUUUUAGAAAGUGAAUUUUCAACAGUACAAACCAUGUGUAAAGUUUUUCAGAAUAUGCUCUUCUAAAGUACAGCCCAUGAUCUAUCCAAUAAUGAGCAAAUGAAGUUGCAUCAUGGCUGGUUCUGAUACAGUAGAGCCAGACAUUUUACUCCAUUACUUUUGGGUUAACAGAUAUACGUCGGAAAAUUCGAUUUUGUUGUUUUUGAUUUUUACAUUUGCGCUCCAACUUUUGAGAUCUUUUCUAGACUUGUGUAUUUUCUUAUUGUGUUGUUAACUCCACUAAGAGACGAACGCAAACAUGAAUUUUUUUUAGGUAAAACUACCACCCAUUUACUACCACAGUGGUCUAGUUGCCACACUGGCAAACGGCGAAAAAUAUCUCGUCCACAAAGGUGAUCAAUGGGGUAUCAAUGAAAAUACAGUUGUUGUUCGCCCGGAUCAAAUGAGUAAACGUUGGUAUCUGCAUGAUGAUCCAAUUAAACCGUCUACAACCUUACGUCUCGGAGAUCUGGUUAAAACCGGCGGUCAGAAACCGUACGAUCAUUUGAGUAGCAAUUGUAAUCAUGCAGUACAAACAAUAAAAGCUACAGCGCGAGGUGGUGCUCAUGGGGAGAUAUGUAAAAUGCCGUGA